UAUUGCACUUUUCGAAAAAUGAAACAAUUGGUUAUAUCUUUUAUAUUUUCUUUUUCUCAAAGAUUUGUUUGCAUAUUGCGUGUACCGUUCAACUUCACUCACAAUAAGAAUAUGUAAGAAGUUCCAUGUGUCAUCAUGAUAAGCAACGAUCAGAAAAAAUAUCCAAAAAAUCCACGACAAAAUGUGAAUGUCAUUUCUCUUCUCACCUUUUGGUGGACCCGUAAAAUUUUUCGGACUGGCUACAAAAAAGAUUUAGAGGAAACCGAUCUUUAUGCUACUCUAACACAAGACAGAACCGACUAUUUAGGCGAAGUUAUAGGCAAAGCUUGGGAAAGAGAAGUGGAAUCGUGCGCUAAAAAGAAAAAUGGCAGCAAGCCACAGUUACUCAGAGUACUGUUGCGCUGUUUCGGAAAACCGCUUCUGCUAAUUGGAUUUGCGCAAGCAUUUAUGGAGCUAUUUUCUAGAAUGUAUCAACCGUUAUUACUUGCCACUUUGUUGCGCUACUUCACGAUUGAUAAGAAAGAAUGGAGCAACGAGGUGUAUUACAGCGCAGCCGGCAUAAUUGUCCUGAGCAUAUUGGACGCCUUUCUUAUACACCAUUCUAUACAUGGCGCCUAUCAUCUAGGAUUAAAAAUUAAAGUGGCCUGUACCUCAUUGAUUUAUCAAAAAAUAUUGAAGCUUUCGAAUUCUGUGUUGGACAGUGAAACAUCCACUGGACAGAUGGUAAAUUUUCUGAGUAGCGAUAUUACUAGGUUGGAAGAGUCCUUAGUAGAUCUGCACUACAUUUGGAUUGCCCCUCUUCAAAUCAUAUGGAUCACGUACAUUACAUUCACUGAAAUUGGAUGGGCAGCGUUGAUGGGAAUAUCAGUGUAUUUACUGUUUGCUUCUGUUCCAGCGUGCUUGGCAAAAAUAAUAGCAUCUUUAACGCUGAAAUUAACAGAAAAAACAGAUGACAGGCUGAGGAUAUUGAAUCAGGUAAUCAUCGGAUUGCAAGUAAUUAAAAUGUAUGUUUGGGAGAUUCCUUUUUAUAAUCUCGUCGAAAAGGCGAGGAAGUGUGAGAUGAACGUAAUAAAGAAAUAUUCCAUCCUAAAACAAUUGAAUCUUACUCUCGAGUGCUACGUACCGCGACUUAGUCUCUUCGUCGCGAUAUUGGCGUACGUUCUAUUCGGAAAUUACAUCAAUGCUGAGAAAGUGUACUUGGUAACAGCGUAUUACAACGUUUUACGGUAUUCGAUGUUUUUUGGGCUUUCUACAGGACUCCAUCAAUUGGUACAAGCAUUAGUUUGUAUUCGCCGUUUACGAAGAUUCAUGCUGCACGCUGAGAUUACCAAAACGAGACAGAAUCUAUGUCGGACGGAGACUGAUUCUUUCGCACUUCGUAUGACCAACGUGAAUGCCAAGUGGCAUGGCGAGGGUAAGGAUGACACGUUGCGUAACGUAAGCUUGACCGUGCCACCUGGAAGCUUUGUCGCCAUUGUCGGUCAAGUGGGUUCGGGCAAGAGCAGUCUCUUGCAAGCGAUACUCCAGGAAUUGCCGCUGACGAGCGGCAGCAUCGAGAGCCGAGGACGAAUAAACUACGUCAGCCAGCAGCCGUGGAUCUUCGCGUCCUCCGUGAAGCAGAACGUUCUGUUCGGACAGGCGAUGGACAAGUCGCGUUACGACGAGGUGAUCAGAGUCUGCCAGAUGGAAACGGACAUAAACUCAUUUUCCCAUGGCGAUCACACCAUCGUGGGCGAGAGGGGGAUAAAUCUGAGCGGAGGCCAGCGCACUCGGAUCAAUCUGGCGCGAGCGAUUUACAAAGAUGCCGAUAUCUACCUGCUGGACGAUCCUCUCUCCGCCGUGGACUCGCACGUCAGCAGACGUCUCGUGGACAAGUGUAUCUGCGGCUAUUUAAAGGGGAAAACGAGGAUUCUGGUGACGCAUCAACUGCAGUAUCUGCAGCUCGCCGACCAGAUCAUUGUGAUGAAUAACGGUAGUAUCGAACACAAGGGUACCUUCGAGGAACUGCAAGCGUUGGGCCACGAUUUUAUGAAGUUAGUAAAGGCCACAGACUUGAAGGACAAAGAGACUGAGAGUAGACAGUCCGUUAUACAGCGUCAAAUUUCGAUGAAGGCCGAGACAAGGAACUACGAGAACAUCUCGCAAGACAUUGAGACGCAGGAAACGAUGGCAAAGGGUCGCAUAUCUCGCAAAACGUUCUUCGCUUACUUUAAGGCGAGUAAGAGGCCUGUCAUGAUCGCGUUGAUGAUAGUGAUCUUCUUAGCGAGCCAAGUAGGGGCCGGCGGUAGCGACUACUUCGUCGCGUUCUGGGUAAACGUCGAAUCGAGCUUGUGGCACGAGACGGGCAACUCCACGGAGUUUCAAUGGGAAGGUCCACUAUCCCGCGACUCCACGAUCUACCUAUACAGCGCUAUGAUAGCGGCCAUCAUACUGCUUUGGCAAUUUCAAACGAUCAUAUACUUUAGCGUUUGCAAGUGGUCCUCGAUUAAUCUCCACUCCGCCAUGUUUCGCAGCAUAUUGCGUUCAACCAUGUAUUUCUACAGUACUAAUCCAGCUGGCCGUAUAUUAAACAGGUUUGCCAGAGAUAUCAAUAUUGUUGAUAUAUUGAUGUCGAUGUGCGUAUUCGACAUUAUAGUAAUCGGACUCAACUCGAUCACGGUGGCAGUUAUGAUUAUAGCAGUUACCCCGUGGCUGGCGAUACCCACUGUACUUUGCGCUUGCAUUUUCACCUAUUUUCGCACAAUAUACAUCACCACCAGUCGUAGUAUCAAACGCCUCGAAGGGAUAACACGUUCACCGAUUUUCGACCACCUCGGGGCGUCUCUGCAAGGUCUGACAACAAUUAGAGCUUUCAACGCCGAGGAGAAAUUAAUGGUGGACCUGUGCACUCAUCAGGAUGUUCAUUCGUCCGCCUGCUUUCUCUUCCUGUCGACUUCUCGAGCCUUUGGCAUCUGCAUUGAUGUGAUCCGCCAGCUUUACAUGGGAGGAAUAAUUAUAGCUUUCAUAACUAUUGACGAUCUGGCUGUUGUUGGUAACAUCGGUUUAGUAAUCACGCAGGUCAUGGCGUUGACGAACAUGCUGCAGUGGGGAAUCAGACAAACGGCCGAGCUGGAGAGCCAGUUGACCUCCAUAGAGAGAAUACUCGAGUAUAGUCAUUUGGAGGAGGAGCCGAUGAUCGACAGCAAGCCGGAUUCCAAGCCACCAGAUGAUUGGCCGACGAAGGGUCUCGUGAAAUUUAAGGACGUAAACUUGAAAUACAAUCGUCGGGGAACAUGUAUCCUCAAGAAUAUCAACUUCACCGUCGUGCCGGAGGAGAAGAUCGGUGUCGUUGGCAGAACCGGCGCGGGAAAAUCAUCUCUGAUCAACGCUCUCUUCCGCAUGGCCUGCGUGGAGGGUGAAAUCCUCAUAGACGGCGUGUCCACCGGCGCGAUUGCCCUGCACGACUUCCGCUCAAAGAUCAGUAUUAUCCCUCAGGAGCCAUUCCUGUUUGCCGGCAGUCUGCGACAGAAUCUCGAUCCCUUCGAUCAGUAUUCCGACGCAGUGCUGUGGCAGGCUCUCCAGGAUGUCGAGCUGAAGAAGACGAUCUCCGAGAUGGCCGCCGGAUUGAACACAAGGGUGUCCGAUGAGGGAUCGAACUUCAGCGUCGGCCAGAAGCAGCUGCUGUGCCUCGCGCGCGCUAUUAUCAAGAACAAUCGAAUUAUAAUACUGGACGAGGCGACUGCCAAUAUCGAUCCCUACACGGAUUCCCUUAUACAAAAGACAGUUAGGACGAAAUUUAUAAACUGCACCGUGUUCACCAUAGCUCACAGAUUGAACACCAUUAUGGACAGCGAUAGAAUAUUCGUGAUGAAUGCUGGACACCUUGUGGAAUUUGAUCAUCCGUAUAUUCUUUUACAACGAGAAGGAUAUUUUUACAACAUGGUACAGCAGACUGGUGCUGCGAUGGCUGAGAAUCUUAUUAAUAUAGCCACGAAAGUAAGCUGUAAAUCAAAUUUUACGACAGAAUCAUACCAUAAAAUAAUAGAGUAUCUGUAAUUAAAUAUUUAAUUUCUCUCUAGAGUGGUAAUUAUUUAUCAAAACAAAGUUUAAUGAAGUGUUUGUUCCUAUACAUUUUGUUAUUAACAAGUUAUUGUGCUUUUUUCCAGAAUUUCUACACAAACGAUAGAUCUCCGUCCAGAUAAUUACAAUUUUCCAUACGACUAUAUGCCUAUAUAAAGUGAUGUUCCAAACAAUCGAUGGUGAACUUGUUAUAUGAUCUAUAAAUAUAUACAAAAGAUUUUAUAUUAACAAAAAUUUUCUAUUUAUUUCUCUUAUAUUUUGUGGUGUCCAUCGUUUACACUUUUAUUGUCUUUCCAAAUCUAUGGGAUUUUUAAGGAUCUAUAAUAACCGAAUAAGUACUAAAUUUUAUAUUAAAAAUACUGCGUAAAAAUAAGAUUUUAUAUAGAAAAAUA